AUGACCUGGACACACGCUCUGCUUGCUGCUACUGCCUACUUCAGCGCGGCGAUGGCACAGACAGCUUCCAACACCACAUUUGAAACGGAGGAUUCCGAAGAUGAUUCGAAGGAAUUCCCCCUCGUGUGGGUUUGCCUGGGCAUCACGGUUGUUGGCGUCGCCCUCGCACUCUAUGUUGCCUACCGCCGGCCCGACGAGUUCCACCUGCCCGGCUCCACAGUUAUGGUGGCAACGGAAACAGAGGAGGUAGGCGGGCGUAACGAGCCAAUCAACAAGAAGGAGACGCUCAACGACGACCUGGAGACCGUUUAG